AGCGCAGCAUUUCUCUUCCCCCCGCUUCUCCGACACAGGCACAUGGUCCAACUCAGACUGUUUUCUAGCAUCUAAGUGGAUCAGCUGCCUCCGACACCACCCUCCUGCUCAUCAGCACUCCGUGAUUUACCAACCACGUUCACCGACCUUCGACGCAUACCAGGCUGCUGACUCAGUGCAACUGGCACGCGAACCUUCUUUGGACCGACAGCAGUGCGCCGCACGACGCGAACACACCAGCACCAGGUCAACACUCAGACGGGAGACGCGGACCAGCGACGAUUAGCCCGCUCUGUUGAAGCAUAAACCGGCACCCAGAGUUAUUCCACGCCAUUAUCGUUCAUACCUAGUGCCCUCGCAACCGUGACGUUUCCGUCAGUCGGCUCCAAGCAAUCUCCCUCCAUCAGGUUCCAUCAAUCUCACAACCUCGCUGCAAUUCCAUCCGCGGCUCAAAUAUAACUCAUCUGCAAUCUACACAUUACUGACAGAAAGAUCAUCUGCGCUUCGAUCCAGACUCCAACGCGUUGCAGACAAGCAACCAUGGCGGCCACAGCAGCAGCAGGCUGCAACCUUCGCCUCCAUCACCCGCUACCGGCGCCGUCAGCAUCCCGGCCAGCCGUCCCGCGACCAGCAGCGCUGGUAAACGCUACCGCGCGCGGUGCGUCGAAGCUCUCCGUCCGUGCAACCGCUGCGCCAUCCGCGGGGAAACAGCAGCCGGCGGCAUCGGCGGGGCCGGCGCAGUCGCAGUUCAGUUACGAGCCCGCGCAGCACGCAUCGCUGUCGCACGGCGCGCGCGGAAGCAAGGACUCCGCAGUCCGCGCGAUGCAGUCGACUUCCGUCAUCGAGCCACCGACUGACGUCACAUCCCCGAACGUAGACGGAAACGGAGCUGCUAACGGGGGCUCCGUCAAUUCAUCGAAGCAACAGUUAACUGAGCUGGAGAUUUUGCCAUCAUUCGUGCCGCACGAGUUAACCGCCGCGGCAGACAUUUCAGGCGCUCUCCUGGACCUCGAGUUCUCCUUCCUUCUGUCGCUGCCAGCGCUCGAACCCACGACCUCUCCGCGACGACAGGAGCCCGACGCGGAGGAGGCGGAGGAACGCGAAAACGGCAGCAGCGACGCAGCAGCGGAGGUCGCCGAUCUGGAGAAAGUUGAAGAGGAAAAGGAGAAGGAAGAGACGGAAUCGUCCAUGGCGCGGCCUGGAUACUCGAAGCGCCUGGAGUCUUGCGGAGACCAGUUUUUCGAGUCGGACUUGCGGCCUGUCGUCCUCUUCGACGGUGUGUGCAAUCUGUGUAACAAGUGGGUCAACUUUCUGCUCGACUACGACCCUCUCGGGAACCUGCGAUUCGCCUCGCUCCAGGGUGACUCGGGGAAGGCUCUUCUGCGGCGAGCAGGCCGCGACGAAAACGACCACGCGGACAUCGUCCUUGUCGCACACAACAAGGCGUAUUUCGGCUCGGACGCCAUCCUGGAGAUCUUCUCCCGGCUGAAGCCGCCCUUCCCUCUGCUAGCCGCGGCCGGCCACAUCACCCCCCACGCGCUGCACGAUUUUAUCUACAAGACCGUGUCUGAGAGCCGGUACACGCUCUUUGGCAAGGCCGACGCAUGCAGACUGUUUGACCCCCGGUUUGGGCAACGGUUCCUGCCUAGCGAGUUGAGCAAUGAGUAGAUUAGGAGCCAGAAUUGGCACCGGAUCAAGCGUAGCGGGAUCGGAGCUCUCGUUUGACCUGCUGUCUCUUCCUCAUGAGAAUGGAUUGUUCGGGAGAGGGGAGGGUGGGAAUCACAGUUGAAGUCAAGCUGAGACUGGUUUGUGGGCGGGGAUGUACAUACGCCGGCGCAGCGAGAACGAGGGGGGUUUCACCGCGAGAGGUCUUGUUAGAGAGCCACCCUAAUGGUCUCAUGCAUGUACUGGUGCUAGUGCCGGUAUUGCUACGUUAUUGUUCUGCACAUUUAUGAAAGGGAGCAUUUGCUCAUCUCC